AUAAAAAUGGCAGACACGAUUUCAAGAUGACGGCAUUUGACACUUACACCGUUUAAUGAUGUGUCCUGUCAGGCUCGGCCGAUAACCUGAAGGCACCAUGUUGAACGGCCACCACAAUGAUUCAUUCAUCGACCGCCUGGAGACGGAACUUCCUCAGUCCACAUUCUACUGGCUGGUGAUAGCACUGCUCCUGGCUGUCCUCUGGGUAACCUACCUGACGUAUUACAACUCUAGGAUCCUGGGCAUCAUCCUCUCCAUUGUUCUCAACAAGUUUGUCAAAUAUGGCCAUAUCAGAUUUGGAUCCUUCUCCGUGUCUGUGUUAUCUGGAAAGAUCAUGUUUAGAGAUGUACAUCUGGUUACCGAGGAUUUCUCAGUCCGGGUUCAGUAUGGCUGGAUCAUAUUCCGCUGGUGGCGACCCUAUGUAUUUCGGGAACUCCAUGAAGAUUUGUCUCAUUCUGACACUCGUGUCUCACUGUACCUGGACAAGUUUGAGUUUCACGUGUACAACCGUUCCAUGGAAUAUGCCAGUCUGGAGAAACUGUUUGGUCUAGACCCUAAAAUGUUACCCAAAAAGGAGCCCCCUGAUAAAGAGAAGGAGCAGACUGGGAUCCAAGUACCCAACAAGAAUUUUGGAUGGAGAGAUUUAGUACCUGUCAUAAAAGUGCACAUGGAAGCUGGGAGGUUGGUGUUUGGGAAUCACCUUGUUCCCACGACUUUGACAGUUGGCUUUGAAGGGGCUCACUUCAUAUACACCACCAAGCCAGCGUCUACCCCAUUUGACCAGUUCAUGCAUGCCACCAAGUGUAAGGGAGAGAAUGUUCGUAUCAUGCUGGUACCCAGUCCCAAGUACACUGGCCCCACAGAUGAACCUCCACGUUACAUGGGGGAGGGAUUUGUUGUCUUCCAGUCUAAUGAUGUGAACAUGUAUUAUUAUCAGGAUGAGCCAGGACUGGUUCCUCAUGAACCUGAGAUCGUACAGCUGGCUGACGGGGAGGUGGUAGUCAGGAGAACAUGGCCCUGUUGUGGGAUAGAGAUCAGUUGUGGUAAAGGCACCGACUUCAACUACGGUCCCUGGGCAGAUAGGCAGAGGGAAUAUUUAUGGAAGUUUUUCUACCCUGUGAAUUAUGAGGAGUUGGUGCCGACACCAGUACCAGAGCCAGGCCAGACCCGACAAUUUAAACAGUUUGAGUUCAGGAUCAACAUACUGGCUGAGGCAACCAUAGACUUCCUGUUCACCAAAGACAAGGAGACACAGGCUAUUCACAUGAAUGCUGGCCAGGGGUCAUACAUAGAGGCGGUUACUCCCUACCUGACUGGUGAGAAUGGGUACCAGGCCAAGGUUAAUGGUCAGUUCCUGCUGCUGGAUGCUACCACAAGUCUGCCCUACCGGUCACUGCUUGAAUGCGAGACUUUAGAGUUCUUAGUGAAUGUGAAGUACCCUCGUUUAUGGAAUGACCACCAGGACUGGUACAUAGACCUCACAGCCUGCAAGGCUUCGCUGGGACUCAUCUUCCAUCACAAACACUUCAUCGUAGAUUUGAUUGAUGACUGGUCCACCAAGACCGUCCCAGACCUGUAUCACUUCACCCCGUACACCUGGCAUUUUAACCUGGUGAUUAAGGAGUUUGAAUUGCUGACUAUGACAAAUGAGUACAAUUGGAUAGACACAGCCUCACAGCAUCAGGAAAAUGCACACAUAGCCAUAUGUGGAGAAACGUUUGACCUGUCCUUCCAGCUUCCCUUUAUUGACUUCAUGCCAGAACGUCUGCCCAUUAAAAUUUUUAUCAGGGGAGAGAGUGCUGACCUUCGCUUGUACCUUCCCGAGUCUAACACCAGCAGGGGCACAGUCCUGUCUCUGGCCGAGAACAUGAAGAUCACGGACAGGGAAGGGAACGUACUGGACAAACCAUUUGGGCAUCAAGAGCAUAAGAAAUGGGUCCGCCACUGUGUUCCCAGCUUGGGUUGGGUGACAUGUUGGACCACAAAUAUUGUUGCCCUGAGCAUAGGAUAUAAUUUCCAUCCAAUGCCCGUUUUGGCUAAGCCAGUGGACCCCAAGCAGGAGCCUCAGGAGUGUGCCCUACCUCUGACCACGCCCGAGGAGGAGGAAGCACUGCUGAGCCCCCUCAGGCCCAUCAAACCUGCUAACUCCAGCCUGUCCAUGGUCCCAGACAAGUUUGACCCAUCCUCUAUGACCCCUGAUGAGAUCAGUGUGGAGCUGGAGUUAGGGCCGUCUGUCGUCUGCCUGUAUGGCUCUCUUCUCAGAAACUUCCUCCACCUCAAGGAGAACUACCUGGGAGAAGAUGACAAGUUCACCCCAUUUUUGACUUCCCCACCCCCUGCAGUGGAGGACGACACAGUGUCUACCUUCACUCUCAUCAGCCCCCCGGAAGAGGAAGAAAAGCAUUUUGACCCGCGCAAGUACCGACCAUUCUCCGUCACUGUGUCCUUAACGCUUCAUGACAUUCAGGCUCAUCUUAUACGGAACUGCAGUGAGCAGGACCCACCAUGCCCCAGUGUUCACAUAGAGAGGAUAGGAUUUGAAAUGGACAAGACAUUCCUGGAGACCAAGCUUCAGCUGUUGUUAUCUCCUGCAAUACUGGUUGCUACAGACAACUUCACGAGGCCUCAUGAUCAAGGUCACUUGCGUCAAGGUCACAUAGGUCUCUCAGGUCUUCAGGUCAGAGGUCAUGCUAUGUUCUCUCACCAAGGUCUUCCCCUGGACAGUGAGACUCUGGAGUAUGGAUGGCUGGUGGAGGCCACUAUAGGCGAUAUCACAGGAAAACUGACUACACCACAGGUCCAGAACAUCUCUGAGUUCCUGAUAACGUUUGUAAUGCUGGUGGAUGACCCUGAGAACCGGCUUCAGCGGCCAGUCCCCUACACCUUGUGCCAGCACAUGUUACCCCAGCACCAGUGUGGCCACUCCUCCCGUCUCCCCUUCCCCUGCCCAUCCUCUGAAGACAUCAAGUAUCGCAUGACACGAGCGUCCAUCGACUCUAUCAACCUGUUUGUGGUGGAGUCUGGGAGUGCCCUUAACUUCCAGUUGUUCCCUGCCCGUGUGUCCACCUGUAACCUACAUGGCACCAGUACCAGGGCUGGGAUCACCGCCGUGGUUGAGCACAUUUACCUGAGACAGUUUAUCACGUUAACUGCCGUCCGCUCAGAGACUGACAGUACCGACACCUGGCUGGAGUCUGGGGGUCUUUCCCUGGGACCUGUGAACCUGGAAGCUGCUAUGGCCCUGCCAAGCCCAGAGUUCCACUUUGUACAGGAUGAGUUCCUCAAGUUCCAUGACAGUAAGACACGCAGGCUCUGGUUACUGUGGCCAGAGGACGUGAUUGAUGCACCCCCUAAACACCUGGGGAAGUGUGGCUGCCAGGGUGGUUGCGAGUUCUUUGGGAAGAACAGAAAUGGGGUAGGAUUCUUCUACCCGAAGCGGUACACAAAGGAUACCAUGGCUAAGGCAGUGUUUCAGAUAUUCCCUGCAGGCACAGAUCCUGGGUUUGGGCAGAGUUUGUUACACCAGGACAGGCUUGUGUUUGAAGUGACCAGUACAGCCAUCCCCGAGUCCCCCAAUGGUAAAGGUUUCUCCUUUACUCGUGGGUACAUGAGCCCCGAAACCCCCAUGACAAACAGCACUCUUGUAGAUGACCUCAGGCAUGGCAAUACCUGCAGUUUGUCCAGCGAGCAGAGCGUUGUGUUACGCAGUCAUCCACAGAAAGACUCAGAGUCAGAUGUCCUCCUUGUCGCUGAUGGACACAAUCCAAGUGACAGCUCAAUAUCAACAGUCAGUCCCAGCAUACCUAGUGAGCAUUUACCUGAAGGGCCCAUACCUGAUCCAUUUGACACGGACAGCAUGAGCAGCCCAACAAUUGCCACAGCGUCCUCAGACAGCCGGUCGUUACAGUUCAGCCUAGGGAGCUCCCCGACCAGCAGUAUCCCUGGGGGAACGCAUCGGUUGAGUGGAAUGACAGGCUCACACAGUCAACAUGCCUCACCCAUCACAGGGGACAGGCGAGACUCCCGCUCAUCUAUCCUCAGCUUCCACAGUGUGGGGACAAACUUUGACAGGUCCUCGUCGAAACAGUCCCUUAGUAGUCCCCUUUUGGGGCAUCUCAGUUCCAGCAACUCUCUGCGCCUGAAGUCCAGCGCAUCGGCAGACAGUGAGAACUACUUGACCGCUGACGAAGACAUGAUGACAACGCCGGAGCUAGAGCGACAUGGUCUUCUGCACAGCAUCCCAGACUUGGACCUCAAUGAUACGGAUGACCGCGAUGGGACACUGGUGUCACGCUCCACGGACGUGUCUCGACUCAGCGACUACACCGUGGAGGGAGAGACAGUGUUAGACGUAGGCAGUUCCUCUUCCUCACUCUCCAGCUCCACCAUCUCAUACAUGUCAGCAGGGUCUUCACCCACAGAGACUGGAUCCCAGGAGCUGCCAGAGGACUUCUCCCUGGUGGACCUCCACGGGCAGAUCAACCAAGCCAUCACUAAGUCACCAAUCCUCAUGUCCUGUUACUCCAGCCACCUGACCCAGCUUCAGUGCCAGAACUGGACGGCUCCCCCGCCCCUCCCGUACCUCCUCCACCGCCCUGGGCUAAAGCAUGACCGAUCAUUCCAGUCACAUUCUUCUGUGUCUAACCACAUCCUGUCUCAGCCCCCAUCCUGGAUCCCCCACUUUCUCCCCACUAGGCAAGGAUUCACUAUGAGCUCUAUGAAGAGCAGGGUGAGGCAUGCGUUGUCCCCAGAGUCCCCAGGUAGUGAGGCCAGGAGACCAUCCUGGGACAUGUCCAGUGACAGCACUGGUUCCAGUACUCCUGUUGAGAGGGAUGAUGUAUCAGAGCUUGCUGCAGCAGAGAACACCUCUAAGACGACAGCCGUGGUGAAGAUUAAGGAAUCUGUGGACAUUAUGUUGACCCCACUGCUGCUGGAGUCCAUACAAAGGUAUGUGGAGGCAGUGAUUCCAGCCUUGAAUGUCCUUCACCCGUCCUCAGUGAUUGACUUCCUGCAUGGCCUCUGCCUGGACAAAGUCAAGCAGCAGAAUACAUUCAAACAGGGAGUUCACAGCGACGCUGACACUCCGGACGAGGAGGAGGUACCCUCGUCUGACCAGGUGGACCAUUCUGGGGAGGUGAACAAGGGGGAUAAUACGGCCACGCGCACCUCUAGUCUACAGGCCCUCAUCUCUCUCUCUAAGAUCAACUUGUGUAUCCUUCAGUCCUCUGUGGUCGAGGAGGUUAUCUCUUUCUCAGCCCUUGACCACAUCCAGGAGCUGGCCUGUGUGUCCAUGCUGGCCGUGUGUGUGGACAAUAUCACCUGUCAGGCUCUGUUCAAUGACCACUCUUGUCAGAUCACACACCAGAACAGCCGAGAAUCCAGCAUCAGGAAGCUUAGUUCUGGAGCUGUCACUAAGAAAAGUAAGGACUCAGUGGUCGUGGAGAUUCCUGCCCCGGUAGAUGGGGAGGGGGAGAAAGUGGCGGAGGUACUGCGGGAAGAGUCCCUGGGCAAACUGCAGAUCGGCCGAAUACACUGUCAACUAAGGAGGCUGUUCAAAGCAGCUGCAAUCACGGAUAAUGUGUUUCUGACAGCUAUACCGGACCACCGUUCCAAGGUCAUGUUUGUGUUUGAUAAAGAUCCCAGGGCACCUGCGUCUGGGGGAGCCCAGUCGUCUCCUAAACGCCCUAGAAGGAUGUCUAACAAAGAGUUAAGGCUGAAUGACACGGAGGAUACCCAGGGGCUGAUCAUGUUUGAGUGUGGAAUUGAGGACAUCACUCUGACAGCUGUGCGCAGGCUGGGUUAUAAGGACAGCACCAGCCAGUCCUUCCAGGAGAAGAUGGCGGAGAUUGAGCGCACCCUGAAUGAGAUGCAGGAGAAGACCAACUUUGAGAUAGAGACAGAGACAGAGCCCCCAGCAGGGCACCGCAGAAGCAGCACCAACUCCAGUAGGGUGAUGCCCAGCAUAGACUCUUUUUCUUCCUGGGACUCACGUCUCUCCAUCCCCUCCAGCGCUACAUCCUUGCCCAGUGUGACCCAUGUGGAGCCACUGGUUGGUGAUGCUUCCAGUCUGAUCCUUCAGUUCACAGAUGUCUGGUUCAACUUUGCCUCCCCACCUUCAUUGCCCAGGAAGAGGCAGGCAGAUUUUACCAGGCUGGAUUGGAACCUACUGAGCACUGCAACCCCUGCCAUCAAUGCCUGGCUGAAUCCUGGUGACCGUAUGAUGACUUCAGUGAAUGAGUUAGUUAGAACAGUCACAGAGAGGACUAGUUCCAUCAUGGCCUGCAUCAUGACGGAUGCACUUGAGGUCCAGGGCAUACACAUGCCUUACAAGAGUAAAUUCAACAAGCUGACCGUGCUCUCUAAGACAUUACAGGAGGACCCUUCAUGUCAGCUGAUGAUAGUUCUGAGGAAGUACAUGCUGAAGGUUGGUACAGAGCCUGUUGAGGAGGCGAUCAAUGCUGAGACUAUCCCUCAAAUCAUCACUAUACAGAAGGGCAUCCUUGCUCUGACCAGGCAGUGGAAGAACAUCCUCUACAUGCCUCAGUUAGCCGGCAUGACCUUCAAGGCGAAGAAGCCUGUACGACCGUACAGCGUGAAGUUCUCUAUCCCGGAGGAGGACGGGAGCACGGACUUUAAUGUGGAAGACGAUGAUGAAGGAGACAUCCUGGUUAGUCAGUAUGACAUUGUGGAUGAGAAGGUGUCCCUGUUGGACGCAGAAGGGGGAUCCGUGCACCACUCCAUUUCCAAUCACAGCCUGAAUGUUAAGGCUGAGGCUCAGAAAGGGACUGGGGUAACUGUAGAAGGGGACCCCACGGAGGCCUCCCAAAGUAAAACCAAGGUGACCACACUGCCAGAAUUUCAAGUUAUUGACUCCCCAGAACGAGGACCUACUGGUGGUCAGAAAGGUUUCAUGCUUGCACCUCAUUCCAUCAUGAAACGUAACGGAAGCAAUUUCAGUUUCAUUUCUGGUGGAGGCAGCAUGUCCAGUCUUGACCAAGGAGGGGCCAUGACACCACCAACAACACCACUCAAGGUGGGAGCUUCCAAACACUCCAUUUUAAAGAAGCCAGAAGAGCAUGAGGAUUUGUAUCGAUGGAUGGCUCGCCAGCAAGAUGGACAGCAUUUCUCAACAUUCCACCCCGCAUUGCAUACUGCGGCUUCUCGCCAAGAUUCGUCCAUGUCUGGUUUCAUGAGUAACUGGAGCCAUGAUGACAGCCGUAAUGAUUUAGGCUCAGAAACGUUCACUCUGGCCACCUCUAUUCUCCAGCUUGCCGAUGCCCAGAUCUUAUUCAAACCCUUUCUUCAGAGCAUAGGUCUGCAUGUAGAAGAGGUCAGGUCUUCAGCAAUGAUGAAGCGCUUUGGAGGAAAUGUAUCUCUGCAAGGAAGCUUUAAAUCACUGAAAAUAGAGAUUGUGGAAUCUGAGCAAAGGAACGUUGGGAAGCACAAAGGAAAAGGCAAGUCACAAGCCUAUCCAAAAAUCCGCAAAAUCUUUCCAGAUUCUCCAGCAUUUCUUUGCCAGAAGUUUAACUUGAACAUUGGCAUGAAGGAUGUGAUUGACUUUGAAAGGAACGAAACCUCUGGUGAAACCAACAAGAAGUCCUCUCACAGUCUUAAGUUUGCCAUGCAUAAACUGGAAGCCAAGCCUGCCACUACCCAGGUGAACUUCUUGGUGGAGAAAGAAUCGGUUACCCUCAACGUAGACAUGUCCUUGCUUCGUUUGGUGCAUCAGUUUGCUUCAAUGAUCAGCAACAUUCAGGUUACCAGAGAAGAGCUGAAACAAAACAGGUCCAGUGAUAUUUGGACAAGAACCCACAGGAAGCAAAACUCUAAGGAUUCCACUUCAAGUACAUCUACCCAACGUUCCGAAUCUGAUCAGCAGGUGCCCACAACCAAGCCAAAACAGCAUCGUCAUCAGGAGCCUAAACCAAUGACCUCACGGUCACAUCAAACCUUCCAAACAAGUCAGCCGUCAGAGCAGAAACACAACAAACGCAGCAAGUCCACAAGUGGGUCAGGGAGUAAGAAGUUUGUUGACCUUAAGAGACCAGAUAAACUUGCCUUGGCAUUGAAACUGAAGACUGAUAAGUUCUCCAAGAAAAAGUCGAGCAAAGAUUCAUCCCAGUCUGAACCGCUUACACCAACGCUCCUAAACCUGAGUGACUCAGUGACAAUUGACAUGGUGGAUAGCUCAUCUCCUACUCUGGCAGAGAAAACCAUAGUAGAUGAGAUCAAAGAGACAACCCCACAGUGCUGGAGGACCCUGUACCACCUGCUGGCUCUCUACUCCACCAUGCCAGAGCCCAAGACGGUCAGUAAGCGUUGUGAUGCCUCCCGCCUCUCCGUCAUCCAGGAAGAGCCUGACCAUGACAGCAGGGCAGUGCGCAGAGCCGCAGGCAGGAUAGAGAUGAAGGAGUUUGGGAACACCAGAGAAAGGCUGGACUCUAUAGCUGCCGAUGAGGAAAAGAUGGAUGGGAAGUUUGCUCAAACCUCAUUCAACAGGACAAGCUUCAAGCAAAGCAUUUACAUAGGGGAGAGCACUCCUCUUGUGGUGUACGGGGUGGCUAAGGUGAAGAAGGUCAGGAUACUGGCUGCCCUGGGGGGUCUCAAGCUAGAGGCUGAAUUACAGAAUGCUCAUGUCUCUGGGGGAUACAAAGAGAAAGUCAAAGGAUUGCCCAAGCGGAAGUCGGCCGAUUCUUCAGUAACAACCUGCAUUGGCCACACAAUGAUUGUUCUUAAGGAAGGCCAGCCUCCCAGAAUGCAGUACAGAACUGUGGUCAAUGUUGACAUUGGCUCAUGCCACAGCCUAUACACAUCCAUCCUGAGGAGAAGCAGGGAACAUAACUCAGCCCUGAUUGACAUUGGCGUGAUUGAUAUCAACAUCCCUCAGCACCCUGUGGUCUUGCAUGGAAUGAUGACACGAGGCUCCAGACAACUCAGCAGUACCCUGCAGGAGUUCAGGUGGCCUGUCUCCAGAGCAAGUCGGACAAUGAUGGACACAGAGUCUAACUUGUCAACUACCCAGGCCCAGGAAGAGGCCCCCAGUGAGGAGUCUCAUGUCCGCUUCCACAAGGCUGCUGUGGGCAAGUCCUCUGGGUUUAACAUCCGUGUGAACGCUACAUUACAGGGCUGGUGCAUAGGGGCUGCUCUACUGCCAUCACUCAAGGCACAGUAUAAGACAGAGAAGAUAACAGUGUCUGGGUUUACUGGAAAGAAAGCCAAGUUCUCCGUGGAUUUGCCUGGUCACAAACUCAGCUUUCAAUCAAAGGUAACAACAAAAGAGACGCUAAUCCCAUCGUCAGCCAGCGUGGACUUACCUCCCAUCCACAUCACAGCUGAUUACCGUCACCAUAAGAGCAGCGUGAGCUCCGCCCCUAAUGAGCGAUUGGUGGAGGGGCUGACAAUCAAGGAGGGCAGUUACCUGAAUGCAGUGGCAGAGGUGGGCAUGCUAGAGCUUAGCCUCACCACAGACCUCCUCAAUCACCUGGUGUUUGUACAGAAAGUCUUCAUGAAGGAACUUAAUGAGUUGCUGCAGAAGAUGUCAGGGUCUGAGCAGCCUUUUGCCUCAUGGGGUGGAGAUGUCAAAAUCAGCAAAGAGAAUGCCCCUGCAAUUCUGUACUCACUCCUCUUCACUUUCAAGGGCAUCCAGAUAACAGCCACCACCCCGACCUCUAGUGCUGUGAGGCUGGAGACUGGGGCCAUAGAGCUGGAGCUGUCUAACAGGCUCAAGACACAGACCUCAGACACUGUGGACAGUAAGACAGGUAAAGUGGAGAAUCAGAAAACUUUCAUCAGAGCACAUGUGGAACUGAACCUGGCCCUGGGACAGUUGCUAAAGAAUCCAAUGUUUGAAGAGGCUGAACCAGAAUUUCAAACCAUGGCUUUCUUUAAAACCAAGAUUGCACUGCGGAAUGCUUUACAGUCUGAGAUGAUCCCAGGUCAGGCAGAAGAUCAGGAGGCCUUGCUCAUCAAACUCACACGACCCAUCAUCCUGGCUCAGCCCCAGUCAUUUGACAAAGCUGUCCUGGUUUGGCUGAAUUACAGACAUGCUUAUGAGUACUGGGCUGAACAGAGAAUGGCUCUUAACAAGGAGGUUCAGCGGGCCACCCAGCAGGUAAUGGACAAGCUGCCCCAGCUAGCUCCCGCCUCUGCCCCAGCCUUUAGCACCCUCUUCCUCCAGCUAACUGUAGAUGACCUGGGUAUCUGUGUUCCAGCCUCCACCAACACACACGGCCACCAAAUGACCAGCAGAUUUGUGGAGAGUGAACCGGGAGCAGCCCUGGUACUGACUAUAGAAAACACCCAGAUCUCUGCUUGUUCCUCUGGCUCUCUGGUCAGCAAGGGAAAGUUCACAGGUUUCUGUUUGCGGUUUGCGGAUGACUUUGAGACGUCAUGGGAUGAGUGGAAGCCAGAUGAGCGGCAUGGUCCUAUCAUGAAUGUGUGUAAUGUCCCUGAGGGUACCUAUGAGGUUUGCUCCAGGACCAUCAGCAAGCAGACACCAGAUACAAAUGCCAAGUGGAUUUUGAACAUCCUAUGGCAAAUGCAGGGUAUAGAUGUCCACUUUGAUACAAACAUUGGGAAGUGGUUGUCUGCCCUUGGCAGCACUCUGACGGUUUUAGCAGGACAACCUGACUAUAACAUUGAAGAGGAUGGGCCUAAAGGGGAUGCAGAGGAUGACUAUGACGAUGAUGAUGAUAUGCAGUCAUUACAGGUGGAGACAAUGUCUCGCCGGUCAGCCCAGGUGAUGGAGAGCUUACCAGCAUUUGUGUAUGACACCAGCAUAGAGCCCAAACAGAGGGUGAGACUGAUAGAAACAGAGAUGAACGAACAGGCCAGGGUGGUGCAGGAUCUUAAACAACUGGGGGCAAGCCAAUCAACUGUGGAGAUGGAGAGCCGUAAACUGGAGGAGCUACAGAAUGUCAUCUUUAACGAUUUCAGGAGAGAUGUCCUCAACAAAAUCAGAAAACAGAGUGAAAGAGCAUCUGUUCUGAAGGAUAAGUUAGGCUUGGGCCACAAGCCAGCUCAUGUGAGGUCACGAUCUGUGGGAGGCCACAAGAGACCCAGGAGGGUUACUUCAGACACAGUGUGUGGGACGGAACUUGAAGUGCCACAGGAGUCGGUGGGGAAGCACGGACGGGCCAUGUCAUUGGAUGUGUCCAAUAUGACUCGCCUGCCCCCACAACGGGUCCACUUCAGAAACAGAGAGUCACAGUCAUCUACCACCACCACCCCGUCAUCUCUGGGAUCCCCUGACCCACUGUCCACUACAAUAGAUGACCCCACCAUGCUUCACACCCUGUGGCCCCUCACUGAUUCUCCCUCAUCCGAGAGUGCCCCUUCCCAGCUACCCGCCAGAGGCACCCCCUACCCACGGGUUGAUCUGUCUUCCAGCUCUGAGUCUUCCCUGGUGGCUGAAACUGAUGACGAGGAGGAUGAUGAUGUGGCUUUCCUGUCCACAAAACACACACAAGUUCUGAAGAGCUUGCUGGAAUCCACCAGUGAUGACGGGAUGGGCGUGGCAUCUCAGCCUGCCAUCUCUAACCCCAGCAUAGGCAGUGCUAGUACCACCAAGUCCACUUCAGAGCCAAACAUUGACUUUGAGCUGGAUGUCAAAGUGUUCAUUGACAGCGGCAAAUGUGUGCUUCAUCCCAAUGAGACUUUGAUGAAGGAGGACGAAAUCAGCAAAAGACCCCUGAGGAAGGAGCGCUCAUUCGGGUUAGAUGGCCCUUUCUCUGGAGCAGACAGAAAACUGAAGAAGCAGGACUCCGGAGGAAAGAAAACUCCACCUUUACCCUUACCCUCUGUGGAGAAUACUGUGUUCCUGGUGCCCAGUGUGGAUGUCAAGGUUCACUAUAACUCACGUACCAGCCAGACAGAGAGCUCCAGCAGCUCCCAGACCCUUACAGCAGGGCACCUGCCAGCCACCUCUGUCUCAGAGACAGACCUGUACCACACAGAGAGUCGGGAAGGCAGCUUUAUCACAGCCGCGAAGAAACAGCCUGUCAAGAAGGCUAACCUCUACGCCUGGCUGUCUCUCCAGUCACUCCCUGAGGAGAUGAACAUAGGCCCUUCCCUCCUGAACUUCCUGGAACAGGCGUUUGAGCCUAUCCCCAUCUCCCAGUCUCCACAUUCUACCCACAAGAAAGGAGAGAAAACAGUGGAUGUAAUGGGCAGUGUCUUGAACCUGGACCUGGACUCAUCCUCAGCUUCCCUCAUGACUUCUGCCUCUUACGCCUCCUUCCCCGUGGACGUUGUCGUUUUCAUCCGCGUGGAACCCUCCAUUGUCCGCUUCAACUGUCUGCCAGUCUCGCGCGUGGAAUGUCUGCUACAGGUGCCAUCACUUGAACUGGUGUUCUCUACAAAACGUUCUGAUGUGGAGAAUAUGAUAGGGGAGGGAACUCCGCCAGCUAAACCUAAAGUGUGGCAAAGGCCUGGAGGUAGAGAGAGAAGUUUCAGUCAGCCUAGAUCGAGCAGCAGUGAACAGCGGAUUAGAACAGGGGCAGGGGUGGACGCAGCUAACCUCAACUACACUGGGGGGCUAAGCUUUACUGGCUCCCUCUCUGACUUCUCUAUGUACAUCUUUCACCCAUAUGGAGGGGGACAGAGGAAAAUGAAUCCCACCUCCCCAGCAGGUGGUGCGGACAGCUACAAGAAGUCUCAGCUCGGAAGUAUACAAGAACACAGCGCAACUGCCAGUUUGUCUGAUCUAUCCCGUAAAGACUCCCUCAGCCUCAAUGUGGAGUUUAUCAAAGUGAACAUCUCGCGGACACGAAAGUUAGACAUGCGGCAUGAAGGACUGAACAACUUUGUUGGUAAUGCCAAGUCGGACAAACGAGCCAAAUGUAACAUGGUCAGAUUCUCAGCUCUCUGCGACAUUGGCUCUGCCUCUUUUAAGUAUGACAUGAGAAGGUUAUCAGAAAUCCUGUCCUUCCCCAAGGCCUGGUACCGCCGUAAUCUUGCGCGCAGGAUGUUCCUUGGAGAUGACAGCAUGACUCCAGGAGGGCCUGACGAAGACUGGGAUAGUCAGUCCUCUGGCAGCUCUUCCCUAGGUCCUGAUUUUAAAGUGGAUGGGCUGUUCCCAAAAGCUUACACUUCCCCAGCGUUAAAUGUUUCCCUGUCAGAGGAUACCAAGGUCGUCCACCCUCGGACCCACCACAGACGCGUUUCAUCUACCGACAAAAUUAAAAUACAAGUCAGCCCUGAACUUGAUAAAGAAAUAGCUUGGUUUCGUUCCAAAGGUAACUCAGCUCCACAGUCUCCCACGGACACUUCCCUAAUGGAAGUCUUCAGCCCUCUUCCUAAACCAGCCACAACUCAGAAGCGGCGUGGGAGCGUCAAGUCACCAGAAAUGCAGCGACAACGCUGCAGUCAACAGCAGAUUGCAGCCAAGUCCUGCACCUCUUGGGAGACACUGGUGUUGUUUGCUGUCAACUUAUCACGACUAGAUGUCAAUGUCAACAUGAGCAACGUCAUGGGAAACACAGUGUGGUCCACCAAAGACUUACAAUGUCAAGGGAGGUUAUCCAUUGACAGCACUGGCCACAGAAAUAUGAAAAUCACAGCUGGACUGGGAGGAUCAAACCUUGAUUCCAAGGGAGGGAUAAUUGGUGGUGCCAUUGAUCUCCAGGAGCUCAAUGCCUUCUUCCAUGUGAGUGAGGACCCCAGCAUUGGUAAGGAGCCGGACCAUCUGGCUGGGAUCUCCUUGUUUGCCCUGGAGGCUAAGUUAGACUAUAUGGGCUCCAGUGUGCUGAUGAUGAGGGGUAACUCCCUGGAGAUGAAGUGUAAAGAUGAGUGGAAGAGGGAGCUGAGACAGGACGUGGACAAACCAUUGGCCACACAGAGACCAGCCAUUAUAUUUGUCCACGCUGACAUGUCCUGGGACAAGUUCCACAUCAUGAUAUCCCGUUCCACCACUCCAGAUUUGCUCAAGAUGUACUCCAAGCUGGAGGAGUUCUUGUCUCUUCAGUUCGCCAGCAGUAAACGAGUGCUCUCUGCUUUUGGACCCAUCACAGCACACAGCAAACCCAAGCCCAUGGCGAAGAGAAAGCUCUCCAUGGACUCUGAAAUGUCAGAGAUGUUUCACCACCGCCACUGGCAGAAGGUCCUGGAGGUUGUGAGUGGCUGCACCUUUAAAAUGCUGCCCUCUGCCCUUCCCUCUCAUGGCACCAUUCUCGGUGGCACCGUCACCCUCCAGGGCAACAACCUCUCCCUCGCCUGCUUUCAUGGCAUAAACUUCCGCUCCAAGUCCUGGGCCAUUUUCAACAUAGAGGAACUGAAUAUCUGCUUUGCCAUAGAGGCACAGAAAGUCGCAGAACAAGAGCAAACAGGGACGCACAUUGUUCAGAAUCUUACCUUCCACAUUGGCCAUGAUGUGACUCAACACACAGCCAGCUCUUGUAUGGCCUCCAUCCUGAAGAUGUCUCGUGGACACUACAUGCCACCCCCAUUCACCAACUUACAGGACUGGUUCAACUACGCAUUUGCCUCAACUCAUGUCAAAGGUGUAGACAAUUUCCCCCAAGUGCAAAAGUACCCUACAGAUAGCCCCACCCUCUCUGAGAUGAAGAAGCCACGUAAAGCCCAGGAGUACAACCAUGACACAGAGAUCAUUUUCUCCUUACCUUGUCUUCAGCUCACCCUCAAGACAGACCACUUCCAGGGGGAGAAGGAGCCAGGACCUGAGGAUUCACCUGCAGUUGUUGAGUGCAGUUUUGUCACUGAGUUUGAAAAUCACAUUCUGGUUGCCAUGGACGCAGAGGUGCUGCUGUUUCUUCAUGAUCUAAUCUCCUCCUACAUCAAGGAAAAAGAGAGAGGUGGUCGUCCCUCCAUUGUGAAGUCCCCUGAGCUGGAGAAGAGACGUGUGGUAGACCCCACCUCUGCCCUCAAACGUGACAUGAGGAAGUUUGUUUGUAACACUUGGCAUCUGGAGCCCACUGUCAGACUGUUCCAUUGGGCCAGCCGACAGAUUGACCCUGUAGGCGUGGAUUAUGUUCUUCAUAAGCUGGGGUUCACCCAUGCAAAGGAAACCAUCCCUAAGUGGAUGCAGCGUGGGUUUAAUGAUCCUCUAGACAAGAUCCUGUCCAUACUGGUGAACAAACUGAUCCUUAUCCUGCGAGAGAAUCCUUCAGAAGACCAGUUAGAUGAAUUUUAAUGAAGACCCCGUCCAUACUAGAGAACAAACUGAACCUGGCCCUUGUAAAGAAUUUUUCACAAAACCAGUUAGGUCUACAGAAGAUCCUGUCCAUACUAGUGAACAAGCUGAACAUGGUCCUUGUAAAGUCCUUGUCACAAACCAGGUUCUACUGGGGAAUCCCUCAGAGGAACAGAUAUAGCAUGGUAGGAGGGCCUAUGCCUACAGGUCAAAAAGCUGAUCCCAGAAGACCACUAAGAUGAGCUUUGGAGAAGAUAAUGUUCUAUUCUGGUAAAGCAAGCUGAUUGUAUGACUGAACCCAGCAUCCAGUACACACGGAUAAAGCAAAACCCUGUCCUAUUUCAUUGAAACAAUCUGGUCUUGACCAAGAUAGAAACCUUCUAGGAGAAGAUCUGGAUCAGCUACAUGCAUGUUAAGAAUCUGGUCCAGAAGUGUCAUGGAAAACAUGAGGAGGAUGGGGGAAAUAGUUGAGAUCACCUUUCACCCCCAUGUACACUUCCUUUUUUAUGUUUUUUUUUUCUUUCUGUCUUUUCAUCUUUAAAUGGAUUAGGAUGAUCUUAUAGGCAAAUGUAAAUAAUAUCAGCCUGAUUUCCAUUGAUUUUAGCUGAUCCUGAAAGAUUAUGAGACAGGUAUUUUGGGGCUUUUGAAAAUGUGAAGAACCUGGACAAUUCUAAUUAUCUUUUCAGUAUUAUUUGAACUGUCGUAAUGUUCUCCUUCUGAGGUUGUGGCCUUUACAAUUUUCCAUCUGAUAUCAGGUGUACAAGAAAUGUGUUCAUAGUGAUUGUUUUCAUUAAUCUGAAAACAAUAAUGUAUUGGCAUAAGAUUGUGAUCUUUUGAAUAGUUUAGAAUAUACAUAUAGUAUAUAACUCAUGUUUUAGGUAAGUACAUAUACAUGUAUGUCAUGACAGCUCAUUUUCUUAAUAUGUGAUUGAAGAGGUAAGGUAGAUAUGUCGUAGAUCAAAGUUUACAUAUUAACCCUUUCUGCUGAUUUAUAUCAUAUUACUAUAUUAUACUACAUUAUGAUGAAUGAAAUGAGCCACAUUGUGGUAUAAUGGCAUUAUAGGAUAAUGCGUGUGUGUUUUUGUAAUUUAACAUGUACAUAUAUUAACAUGUAUUAUAAUGUUCUUGUACAGAAUUCCUAAUUCCCAAAUACAUGUAGUAUGAGGAGAUGACUAACAUGUAGAACCUGCACUUUUAUGUUCAAAAAACUGUGUGAGGAAACUUACACUGAUGUUUGUGUUGAAUUAGAACUUAUCAGGAUUUCGACAUUAUGGAAUGCAAACACUCGAUCAAGCUUGUUUUCAGAUUUCAGUUUUACUUUGGAAUCUGUCAUUUCCUUAUAUUUCCAAAUAUUUCCACAAUCCUCUGGAUGUAUAGUGCUCAAAAUGAAUGCAGAUAAUUUGUGGUUACUGCAAUAGAAUCUGUGUAUAUUUGCAGUCAUGUACAGUAUUUUUAUUACUCAUUCUAUUAAUUUCAUCUCUAAGGUGAAAUUAUUUUUGCCUGUUAUCAGGAUUCAGGUCCGUUGAUAAUUUCAGUCAGUUUCAGUUUUUGUUGCUGUCAUGUACGUAGCAAAAUCGGUCAAGGUUUAUGUAAAAAAAAGUAUGGAAAUAUAUUAAUUUAUAAUUACCUAAUAUUAUCUGAUACCUUAAGUAUUAUGUUUAAAAAAUUCGUAGCUUUUAGGUCUUUUCAUUUUAUCUGAAUCAGUAAAUUUUGUGCAUUUUUCAAUCCAAGUCAAGUAGUGACGAACAUUGCUCAAGUCGGUUUAUUUCAUUUACAUUUGUACUGUAUAGAAGCGAUUUCAAUCCGUUCCUUUUACAAAUAAAUCUUGCUUAUAUGUGUCCAAUCAUACAGUUUAUUAAAUGCUCAGGUUUAUUUAAUAGUUUUUACAAAGUGUUAAUAAGAACAUGACAAUCAGUUCUUCUUUCUUGAUUGUAGAUAUUGUGGUGCUGAUACUUUAACAUUGAUUUUUGCCACUGGAUAAGGCAGAGAGAAUCGACAUUUACAUCUGUAUGACGCACACAUAUAUGCAGUUGAUCCAAGUAAUGUUUACUAGUGUGCCAUUGUUCCAUUACCCUGAGCAAGCCCAAAACGGUAUCAUUCAGUAGACUAAGCGAAGCUACAUGUAAAUAUGAGGGCUUGUCGCUUUUGGCUAUUGCCUUUCUGCCUCUGUUCAACUGAAAUGUAUUUUGAAAGUCUAAGUCAAAUAAACGGAAACAGAAAUAUUUCCACGAAAAACGUUCGGAGCAAUAGGUAGAAAGGCCUGCUUCGAAUCUAACCUAAUUGAUUUAUAAGACAACCAUUGUGUCCCCAGCAACAUCGGUCCACCUGAUAUUGUUUGCCAGGAAUAUGUAACUCCAUGCUGCAAUGAAUUGUUAAUCCGUUC